GCGCGUUCGGUCGCUGCCGCCAUUUUGCCCGCCAAAAGUUUCCGCGUGGAACUACAUUCGCGAACGUCCGUUCGAAAUUAAAAAGAAUAAAAUAACUUUUUAAUUUAUUACUGUUUUGUUUAGUUUUAAAAAUUUCAAGUGCGUUCCGAAAGUGUUUAAGUUAUUUUUAAAUAAAUGUUUUUACAUGACAUGAUUUUUAUGUGAAACAUUGUGUAUGAAAAAGUGACAAAAAAUAUUUUUUUCUGUGAGAAAGUGACAAUGGAUACUGUGUAAAUGUUAAUUUUAUAUCUAUACUGGACAGAUUAAAAAUGGAGCUGAAAUCACCUAAGGCGAAGAAAAAAGCAGUGUCCCGCCUAAUCACCUGGUCGAAAAUGUUUCGAAUCCCCAUUUUGAUUCUCUUCUUACUCGGCACGUCAAACUGCGAUAGCGAAAACGACGAACUUUCAAAUUUCGAACUCUCAAAUCUGUCAAACGCAACUUUUAAAGUGAACAGGCACCGGCACAGUCAUAUUCAGCCAGUGAAUGACACUAGGCACGUGCUAAGUGACAUAAAGUAUUUGAGAAGGCGUUUGAAUAAGGAGAUAGUGAAUUUUGUGAUGACUGAUGUUCUGGUUGACGGCGAGGUCGAGAAUCGAGUGCACUACAAUGGUAUCACCGCGAAGGAAACCUAUGUUGGUACUUAUGGAGAUGGAAUAAGAUUACGUCAGUUGACCGACGGUCGCCAUCUUGUCCAAAUAAUCUACUCACCAAAUGGCGAGAUCCAAGACUGCGAAUACAUCGCCCAAGGGAAAACAACAAGAAACUUCUUAAAAUCAUUACGAAAAGAACUUAAAUUAGCAUUAGACGAGCAAGCUUCAAAACUCACGCAAAUAGAAUCAAACAAUAAAGAUGAUGAAAAAUUCUACCGCCAUUUUGGCAAUGUGACGUUUCGGAUUUUAAAAAAUGGCGCGAAGUUGCCAUCUGACGUUGCGUCAUGGCUGGAUUAUGAUAAAUUGAAAAUGGAAUGUCUACAACGGCACGAAGAAUUGAAGUACAUGAUGGAAAACAAAAAUAAAGUCGGAGAGAAUUCAUUGGCUAGGUCACAGCGGUCAAUAAGAGAGAAUUUCAUAGUUCCCGGGACGAAAUGGUGCGGUGCUGGGCAGUUAGCUGAAGAAUACCACGAAUUGGGGUCCGACGUCCACGAAGACAGAUGCUGUAGGGCUCACGACAACUGCAGAGUCAACAUAGGAGCAUUUAAACGAAGAUUCGGAUAUUUCAACUUUAGGCCGUUCACGAUUUCCCACUGCCGAUGUGAUAGGAGACCGAAACGCGAUGCAAUGGAGAUUCUGCGUGUACCAGGAACAAAAUGGUGUGGCAAAGGGUUUUCUGCCACCCGAUAUUCUCAACUCGGUGGCUACACGCGUACGGAUAGAUGCUGUCGUGUUCACGACCUAAGAUGUCCGUUUUGGAUUGGAGGAAUGGAGAAGAAAUACGGACUUUAUAACUGGCGUGUUAACACGCUGAUGCACUGCCGAUGCGACGAAAGAUUCCGCGCCUGUCUGAAACUAGCCGACACUUCAGUGUCCAAUAUGGUUGGAAAACUGUUCUUCAACGUAGUCCAGACAAAAUGCUUCGUUCUCAAACCAAUGAAGGUAUGCACACAGAGGUCCUGGUGGGGCAAAUGCCUCCGCCGUGGGUAUACAAAGCAAGCGUUAUUGAGAGACAACCUACCCUAUUGAAAAGGACAGUUUCAGAACGCAUCCGGAGAUAAAAGAAAAAAGAAAUGAAACAAAUUAAAAAAAAUAUAACAUCAAAACAUAAAUUAGGAAUAUCCCAAGAAUAAUGUGACAAAAAUAAAUUAAUUAUGUAAGUUAGACAUUUUUUAUUGUGUUUUUGGCUAGAUAUUUCGUUUAAAUUUAUAUAAUUCGUGUGUUUUAAAGCUUAUUAUAGCCGCUAAUCCACCUUGUUUUUAUACCUGUCAUUUUCUUAUCCGCUGAAAAAGAAAGAGACGGGUAAUCGACAGGACGUAAAAUUUAUGGAACACACGUAUACACGUCAAUUUUAGGCAGAAAUUUAAAACAACCCUCUACAUCGGCCAAUAGCCCGACAGAAUUAAAUUGACAGUACACGUCAAACGGCUUGCAUAACAGCGAGAUACCUAUUUGAUUCGCCCGGGUAAUUAAUGCAUUCACUUAUUCGUUUUAAAAUUAACAGCCGUCAAUCAUCCGUCUCUUUUCGGCGGAUAAGAAAAUGCCAGGUAAAGGUAUAGAGGUAUAGGUACAGGUAUAGGUACCUACCUAACUUUUAAGUUAAAAAUUGGCAAAAAGUAUUUUAAUACUUAAAAUUAGAUGGUGUCGACAGGAAUUAGCGUUAUUGUCAUUAUUAAGAAUAAUAACAUAAUAUUGUAUUACCUAUUUUAUUUCAUAUUUUAUAUCAUUUUAUUGUAUAAUUUUAUUUUAUUUUAAUUUUAUUUUAUUGUAUCUUUUAUUUUUGUAUAUGGGUUUUUUAUGCCUGAAAUAAAUGACUUAUUAUUAUUAUUAUAUUAUUAUUAACUAUUUUAUUUAUACACACUGCCAAAUUUUAAAGCAUUGAAUAAAUUACCUUUGUCUUAUCCAAAUUAAAUAAAAUAACGUGUAAAUAUAUUAUGUAGCGAAAAAAUAGUAUUAUUUAUUUUUUAAUAAUAAGUAUUUUAAAAUUACCACUGUGAAAUAAUAAUUAUUAAUAAUGUUAUCAUUUAAGUGUUUUUGUUUUCAUUUUGUACAAACAUUUUUUUUAUAAGUAGUUAUAGUGAAUAUCCUAUUUUGGGCUAUGAUC